UCCACGUUGUCCAUCCUCGACUCCAACUCUCAGUCAUCUUCUCCUCUGUCGUCGCAACCAACACGACGGCACCACCCAUCCUCCCCUCCACGGUUCCACCCACACGAUGGCACCACCCAUCCUCCUCUCCUAGGUCUCCUCGAACUCAACUGUCACUGGAGUCCCUCCCCAAACCCAACCAGCCAUGUCGAAGCUCAUCGGUGUCCUCGCCUUCCUAACCCUAACCCUCCAAUUUUUGGCCCACUCAUUGCCAGUAAACUCCUUGUUCUUCAAGUCCCUCCAGUUUUGAGGCUUCGAGCUGGAUUCAAGCUCGCAGAUGAUCCCAAGAUCUCCUCGGAGCGAUACGGCCUCUAUGGAUACGAGAAAGUUUGUGUUUUUGUACUUCUGAUUGUUUGUGUUGUUCUCUCUCCCAAGAUCUCCUUUCUCAGUUUUGAUCUUCUGAUUGUGUUUUUGUGAUUUGGGAGAAAGUUGUGGAAUUUGAGAACUUCUGCUUGGUCGAUUGAAAUGGAAGAUCAAUUUACUCAGGCCGAGGACUCUAACAAUGUUUGUUUGCGAGCUUUAGCAUGUCGUUGGGCUCGAUUGAUGCGACGACGUUUAAGCUCAUGUUGCUGCUAUUGGAGACACCAUUGAAGUAGAGCUAUUGGUUGAGCUGGAGGUCGGAGGGAUAAGACCGGCGGCGAGGAAGUUUCAAUCUGUGCCAGAAUAAAAUAAAAAAAAAAGAAAAAAAAAAGUUUCAAACAGGCCAGGUUAGGUCCGAUUCCUGUUUUAAAAUAUGGUAUACUCGCUCCAGUCCGGCCCAUGCCCAACCCUAGCCACAUGUGCUUAUAAAGUAAUGGACUUACUCCCCAUUGCCAAGUGAUUUUAUUGUCGAACCCCAACCUCCUUCAGAAACAAACUUACAGGUUAAAAAUGCUACGUGCCGGUUUCAAAUUUCCAAUUUUCUAGUUGAAAAUUUUUUUAUUUUUCUUUUCCAGUUAAAAAAAAUUUUGUUAGUUUCUAAGUUAGUUUCCUGUCUUGUGGACUAAAGGUUUGUUUCGGAUUUGUUUCCUACAUUCUCCUCCAAGAAGAAUUAAAGUAUUCCUAGUGCAUGUGACUUGUGAGAAAGAAUUCUGAAAUUUAACCCUAAAACUUUUAUUUUUAGAAAAUGCACAUGAUUAAACAGGAAUUGGAAACUUUGAAUACUUAAGUAGUAUGUUCCUCCAAAAUUAUUUUUACGUUGCCGUUAUGUUGAUGGAGUGUGUAUAUAUAAUAUACUAUAUUGAAUUUGAUAAGUGUUGCGUCCUGGCAAAACCAAGUUGCAAAGAAACUAAUUAGUUUUCUUCAGUAUCAGAAUUUAAUUUUGUUAAUAUUCCGCAAACAUCCAAAGAUAAUAUGGUUUGGAAGUUCCUAUUUAUACCCACCCACAAUUUCUUUUAUGCAUCGAACUAAGCAUAUCCACCACAAGAGCACAACUAGAGAGAUAGAGAGAAACAGAGAAAAUGAAGAGUUUCAUUUCCAAAGAGUCCAUUGUCCUACUAGUAAUUCUUCUUUCGGCAAUUUGCUUGGUCGCUGAAGCUCAACAAUGUCGUCCAAGCGGCAAAAUCAGAGGAAGGAAGGCCCCUCCUGGACAAUGCAACCAGGAAAAUGAUUCUGAUUGUUGUAAGCCGGGCAAAAUGUACCCAACCUACACAUGUUCACCGCCAUUGUCUGGGAGCACCAAGGCCACCCUCACCCUUAACAGUUUCGAGAAAGGUGGAGAUGGUGGCGGUCCAUCAGAAUGUGACAACCAAUACCACAAUGACAACACACCAGUUGUGGCACUGUCCACCGGAUGGUAUAGCAACGGAGAUAGGUGCCAUAAACAAAUCAGAAUUAAUGGUAACGGACGUAGCGUGUUGGCCAUGGUGGUGGAUGAAUGUGACUCUACUGAGGGAUGUGAUGCAGAUCAUGAUUACCAGCCUCCUUGUCCUAACAACAUUGUUGAUGCCUCAAAAGCUGUUUGGAAAGCCCUGGGUGUGCCUGAAGACCAAUGGGGUGGCCUAGAUAUCACUUGGUCCGAAGCUUAGUUACAUUAAUUAAUUUCCGUCUUGCUUGUUGCUUUGCGUGUAUGGUCGUUGUGGAUUGUGUUCUAUAAUAUGUUACAAGUACUAUACUAUUUAAGUAGUCAAUAUAUUUAAACUUGUUUUUCUUAUACUUUGUCUACUGUAAAUUAUAAAGUAAUAUUACAUAAUCAUUUAUAUAUCACUCGACUUCUGUUU